CAGUUUCCAGGCUAGGGUUGUAUUGUCUCUAUAGGAAGAGAUGGGAGCGCGUUAUCAGUGAACAUUCACAGAGUUAACACAUUUUUGGAUGAGGGGUUCCUCGUAAUAUUUACUACAACGCUAGCCACGCUAUCUUUUCCUACAAUGGGCGUUCUAGAUGUUUAUCUAGCUAACUAAAUGAGUUUCAGUGGCACUUCAUCCCCGGUAGCCGAGAAGGAUAGUCUGUGUCGGAUAGUAGUGAGAGGAGUCGAGCUUCCUCUCUCGGUGUGGUGUGACCGCUUGGAGAGAAGACUGCAAGGCGGUUAGCCCCAGCUGCUUAUCUGGAGGACUAGGAGGGAAAGUGAGAGUGCCUUGUUUCUCUGAAGUUAUAUAAUUUACUACAACAGGAACACCGGAUUUCAAACCAGGUAAACUCCUCAUACUCCGCUUUUCAGACAACCAAGCUAGUUAGGAUACACCAGUGAUAGCUAACUGGGUUAGCUACGGUAACGUUAUGAUGAUGCGUUGUUCGGUCAUAGUUACGGUCGGGGAAAAAAUUGAUACUCUAGUAUGACAUGGAUUGAUCAUUGAGGAUAACAAAUGAAACAUCAUGUGGAAUAUUAUGAUCGCGUAUAUCAUAAGUUGUCGGUAAACAUGACACCGAUUUUGGCUCGCUAAACUUGGGCACCGAGUGGCGCUCAGAAUCAGCACCGACUGAAGAGCUCAUGCGGGGCACCUUUCUAAUACUCAGUUAGCAGCUGCUAGCUAACGUUAGCGCGCUAGUUCCCCGUGUUUUACGUGCGCUUCCCUUUGUGGUGGCUCACUAGCUACUGCUAGCAAGCUACUAUCAGCUAUCGAUCUUAACGUUAGUGAAAAUAUUACCAGAUCAGAUGUUAUUUGGCCGUAAAACCGUGAGGUAAGAUGCAUGUAGUAAUCGUGUUAGAAAUAUUUAUAUCCUCUUUCAUUUGUCAACCAGAUAUAGACAUUAAACAAUAUCAAUCAUUGACUUCAAUCAAAGCCUUAACCACAUUGAUAAGUGGGGAGAUGGUGAUAGCUCGUGAGUAACCUCCCCUACUCGCCUGGCUAUUUAUUACUAGCCACAUUUGACCUAUAUUAGGUCCCUUCCCUUAUCAAAUGGAACCGUAUUUUUCUUCCAAUUUCUAGCCUGGUAACGUUAUCCUGACUCAUUCAGCAACUUGCCCACAGAGCGAGAGUGAGUGUGUGUGUGUGUAUAGAUAGGCUAGGUGACAAGGGGUUGUUAUCCGCACAUCGCAGGUUUGAUUUUGAGUGUCGAAAUACAAUUGAUGUCAGAUGAAAAAGUAGUCUCGCCUCCUUUAUUCACCUCUCACAAUUAACACAAUGUCUAUGUGAAACAGUGUUUCCAGCAAUUUAUGUAUGGUGUCGACAUUGUCUUGGAGGUUAGUUUUAUACCCUCUAUUGAUUCAACCAUCUGUUCUCAUGGUCCCAGUGUGAGAGCAAUCAGGAGAAAGAAUGCGGUGGUGAUCCUGAUUUGAACCUUUCAGUCAUUUAGCUAGGGGUUCUACUUAAAUGCCAACUCUCUUCCUUUGGUGUUUAUGGUCAUAGAUGACCCUUUGCUGACAGGGUAUGACUGAUACAAUCAACUUUUGUUUUGGUAAGCAAUGUGAGUUUGGAGGAUCAGAGGUGACCAGAGGAAAUGUCAUCAUUGAUGCUUAGAAGGACAGGCAGAACUCAGUUGUAUAUUAGAGAGAGGACAUGGUUUUCGUUUUUAGGCCUAAGGUUUAAGAUUACUACUAUCCCCCUCUUCCUCUCCUCCUCUAACUCUUGUCAGCUGUAGAGAGGGGCUAUUCUCUGCCAGCUACCCACCCAGCCCCCACUCCCCUGCAGACUCAUUGUAAAUGUUGUGCUCUGAUGCUGACUCAAUAGGAGGCGCCAUUCUGUGAAAACGGGGCAGGCAGAGCAAUGGAGGCCUUACGUAAUGGAGGCAGAGCAAUGGAGGCAGAGCAAUGGAGGCCUUACAUAAUGGAGGCAGAGCAAUGGAGGCCUUAUAUAAUGGAGGCAGAGCAAUGGAGGCCUUACAUAAUGGAGGCAGAGCAAUGGAGGCCUUACAUAAUGGAGGCAGAGCAAUGGAGGCCUUACAUAAUGGAGGCAGAGCAAUGGAGGCAGAGCAAUGGAGGCCUUACAUAAUGGAGGCAGAGCAAUGGAGGCCUUACAUAAUGGAGGCAGAGCAGUGGAGGCCUUACAUAAUGGAGGCAGAGCAAUGGAGGCCUUACAUAAUGGAGGCAGAGCAAUGGAGGCCUUACAUAAUGGAGGCAGAGCAAUGGAGGCCUUACAUAAUGGAGGCAGAGCAAUGGAGGCCUUACAUAAUGGAGGCAGAGCUGUCCUCUAGCGCCAUCUAUAAGCCAUGGGAGUCAGGCAGCAUUCAGCUCAGCGAGGGAGUCAGGCAGCCAGACAGCAUUCAGCUCAUAUAGGUGGAUGGAUGGAUGGAUGGGUGACGAGUGUUUGGCCUUAUGCUGCUUGUCGCUAAAGCUUCUUGUCCUGACCUUUGAACCUGAGUAGAGAAUCAAUUCUAUAGUGUUUCCAUUGUUCAGCAUUGACUGGAAUAUAACAAAUCAAACAGCCCAGACGCAUAAAGGUGGUAGUAGGGUCAUAAAGGAUAGACUUGACGAGUGAUGCAGCUGAGGAAAACCACUGAUGGUUUUAUGAUGAAAGGUGACUGACAGGAAGCAGGUACUGUUGUGGUGGCGUUUUUCCAUAGGAGCACUAGAGUCACUCCAGUGAUUAUGUUAAUGUUAGCUCUAGUGUUAUUCUUUUGGAAGUGUGUUUCCAUCAUCCAGGGUGACACUAAGGUUUUUCUUUUGGGUCUGCUUAACUCUGCUCUCUACAACAAUGAUCAGUUCAUAUGUUGACCUGGGGUGUAUUCACUAGGAACUAAACAGAAGCAAACAGAAUGAAACAGGGCGGGACCUACCUGAAUUUGUCCAAUAGAAACUCUUGUUUUCAUUGCAAAACAUUUUUCCAUUUGGAGUAAACGUUUUCUGUUUCUAAACGUUUUGCAACUGUUUGCUAUGGUCUUCGUCUAAUGAAUACACCCCUGACCUCGCCUGUUGCUCACCCCUGUCCACCUACCUGUGUCCCUCCCUUCUCCAGGUGGGCAGAAUGUUCCAGCUCCCGGUCAACAACCUGGGCAGCUUACGGAAAGCCAGGAGAAAUGUCAAGCGGGUUCUGGGAGACAUUGGCCUGGAGUUUUGUAAAGACCACAUUGAGGUGAGCGGCACAUCAUUUGAUAUGUUCUACUAUCCAUGGGUGAGCGUGCCCUUGACACAUUUUAUCACACUGUUUUUUUUCCCUCCAAAAAUGAAGAGAUAAUAGCUCAUUCAUUUAAUAGCUAAUUCAUCAAUCAGUCUAGUAACAUUUCAACUUAGGAGGCCUCAAAUUUCUCAUGUCUGUUUGAUGUCAUAAUUAACAAGCCCAGUCAUCCACAACCAUAACAGGUCGACUCCUCCUAGCAAAUCAUCUCUAUCAGACUUGAUGUUUUGCAUUGAUUCUAUAUGAAUUGUGAUUAAUCAUGUAUUUCUCUCCCCUUAGGACUACAAAGACUACGUCCCUGAUAAUAACGAGUUCUACAUCAAGCACACCACCUGGGAUGAUGUGUGUGUGUGGGAUCCUUCACUGACCAAAGCCCAGGUGAGUGGCUCACUACCUGCCUGGAGUGGCUCCCUGGAACACCCUGUAUUUUCGAGGGAGGGAGGGAGAGGGAGACCGAGUGAGGGGGGAAGGGAGACCGAGGGAGGGAGGGUGUAUUUUAGCUCUUUUGUCUCUUAAAAGCUUUUAACUGGGAUAUUAUCGUAUGUUUAUCUUCAAUAAAUGUUUUAUUUACAUGGAAUAAAUGUCAUCAAAUGACUGACCACUGUCUCUAUUUCCCCCGUCUCCCAGGACUACAGAUCAAAGCCUUUCUGCUGUUCCGGCUGCCCCUUCUCCUCCAAAUUCUUCUCAGCGUACAAGAGCCACUUCCGCAAUGUCCACAGUGAGGACUUUGAGAGCCGCAUCCUGCUCAACUGCCCCUACUGCACCUACAAUGGGAACAAGAAGACCCUGGAGACGCACAUCAAGCUGUUCCACAUGCCCAACAACGUGGUGCGCCAGGGUCCCGGGGGCAUGCAGGGGGCAGUGGGGGGGCUGAAGGACGGCAUGCAGCUGGGCAAGAGGCCUGGAGAGAGCAUCGAGCAGGCCGUAUACUACUGCAAGAAAUGCACCUACAGGGACCCGCUUUACAACGUGGUGCGCAAGCACAUCUACAGAGAACACUUUCAGCAUGUGGCCAAGCCCUACCUGGUUAAGCCUGGGGAAAAGACCACGCCCAACGGUGCCGCAGCAGGCACCACCACGGGCACAGGGAACACAGACCGCAGCAGCAAUACCAAUACCAAUGUCAAUGCUAACGCCAACAGCAACACCCUCCACUGCAAGCGCUGCCUCUUUUUGCCACGUACCUAUGAGGCACUGGUGCAGCAUGUUAUUGAGGACCACGAGCGCAUCGGUUACCAGGUGACCGCCAUGAUUGGUCACACAAACGUGGUGGUGCCUCGCGCCAAACCUGUCAUCAUGGUAUCCCCGAAGACUGGGGAGAAGACUGUCAUCGGGGUAGGACCUAAAGGUCAGCUAGUGACCACCACAGUGGGGGGAGUCCGCUCCGUUUCUACCCAGAACCUCAGCAGGAUCGUCAUCCCAAAGUCAGGCCUGAGCUCAACAGGACUCCUGUCUGGGGUUCACCUGAAGCAGGGGGCGUUUGGGUUAAAAAGCGGGACUACUCAAUCCUUCUCUAUAGGCGUGCAGCAGGUGAGAAUCACUCUGCCUGGCAACGCAAAGGUGUCUGUGCCCCAGCAUUCUCAGGCUGCCAAACAGAACCUCCCUGGUGGCUUGCGGAGCCCCAUAGUGGUGAGUUCCUCCUCGUCUACGCUCAACUCCCGAGUCCAGGCGGCUGCCGCUACGGUAGCCUCGGUCACGGCCAAGGGGAAGGGGGGUAGCUCUGUCCUGGGCACGUCGUACACACAGAAGUGGAAGAUCUGCACCAUCUGCAACGAGCUCUUCCCUGAGAAUGUGUACAGCUCGCACUUUGAGAAGGAGCACAAGGCGGAGAAGGUCCCUGCCGUGGCCAACUACAUCAUGAAGAUCCACAACUUCACCAGCAAGUGUCUGUACUGCAACCGCUACCUGCCCAGCGACACACUCCUCAACCACAUGCUGAUCCACGGCCUGUCCUGCCCACACUGCCGCGCCACCUUCAACGACGUGGAGAAGAUUGUGGCACACAUGCGACAGUCCCACCCGGACGAGGCGGUGGGGCCGCGCACCGAUUCCCCUCUGACUUUCGACCUCACCCUGCAGCAGGGCAACCCCAAGAACGUCCAGUUGAUUGUCACUACCUACAACAUGAGAGACGCACCAGAUGAGUCUGUGGCCCUCCAUGCCCAGAGUGCCUCAUCGUCCACACAGACGGGCAAGAGGACCGUGCCCAGCCAACCCCCAAAGAUGCCCUCUGAUUCAGAAGAGGGCUCACCUGCCAAGAGUGCACCUCAGGCGGCCGUGCCGUACAAAAAAGACGUGGGCAAGACUCUGUGUCCGCUGUGCUUCUCCAUCCUCAAGGGCCCCAUCUCUGAUGCUUUGGCACACCAUCUGAGGGAGAGGCACCAGGUCAUCCAAACCGUGCACCCGGUGGAGAAAAAACUAACCUACAAAUGUAUCCACUGCUUGGGUGUGUACACAAGCAACAUGACAGCCUCCACCAUCACACUGCACCUGGUGCACUGCCGCGGUGUGGGCAAGACUCAGAACGGGCAGGACAGCAGGCCUGCGCCCUCCCCCAGGGUCUCUCAGGCCCAGGGCACUAGCCUCAAACGGGCCGGCUUCGAAAACUGUGACCCUAAUGACCCAAAGCAGCGUAAGCUGGCGCCUGGAGAGCCGGAGGGCCCCGCGGCUUUUGUAGAGAAUCCAGACGACCCUGUCAACCUGGUCCUUGACCCCAAAGGUCACGAGGAUGAGUCGUACGAGGCGCGGAAAGCCUUCCUAUCGCAGUACUUCAACUGCGAGCCCUACCCAACGCGUAGGGAGGUGGAAAAGCUAGCCGCAAGUCUGUGGUUGUGGAAGUCCGAUAUCUCCAGCCACUUCACCAACCGCAGGAGGAAAUGCACGCGGGACUGUGAGACCCAGAAGGCCGAGGUGCUGCUGGGCUUCAACAUGCAGGACAUCAGCCGGCUCAGCCACGAACUGACCUUUGACCCUGAGUGCUUGUUUGAAGGCAAAGGGGACAGUGGAGAGACAGUGGAGAGGCGGACGUCUAGGACGUGCAUCGGGCGGUCUGAGCAGGCCAUCCAGCGCAUGGAGGAGAGGGCGGUGGCUAACGGUGGUGCCACACUCCAGCAGGCUACGCCAGCAGGGUCUGGCAGUGGGGCCAGGGCCACAACCCAGCCCAACUGUGGGGCCAAGAGCGACCAAAUCAAGACAAUCGGAAGCACCUUAAAAGAGAGAGGGCCUCAGGAUCUCUCAGAACCAAUCGCUAUUGACUCAGACAGCGAUGAGGAUGAAAUGGAUGAUGAUGGUGAUGAUGAAACGGGACCAGUAGAAGUGAAUUCCAUGGGUAAUGACAGGCUGGCUGCAGGGAGAGAGGGAGAGGUGGUAGGGACAGGGGCCCACUCCAGCUCAGACCUAGAGGAUAUGGAGGAUGGGUCAGAGGAGGAAGAGGGUCAUGUAGAGAAUGGAUAUGGUUCAGUGCUGCUGGAGAGGCAGGCUAAGGGGAAGGAAGCUGUUGCCAAACUGGGACAAUCGGGAAGUGGAAAAACUAGGGCCCAACUCGGCAAGCAUCAGGUCUAA